CAACAAACUAUAUUUCCUUGUAAUUUUAGGUAACUACCAAAAAUUACAUGAAAUUUUUAUUUAUUUUUUGAAAAUUAUUUAGCAAAAAAGUUGUGUGACACACAAAAAAGGUAGACUCAAGAGAGUAGUGACUAUAAAGAGGGACAGUUUUUGCUAAAACAAGAGAGAGAAAUAAAAAAGAAUCUUUUGUGAUUUUGUCAAAUUUUUUUGCUAAUUAGAAAAAAUAAAAGGGAGUAAAAAUAAAUGGAGGGAAAAAUUGAGAUUCAGCAAUCUAAGUUUAGGAGAAUUUGUGUGUUUUGUGGUAGUAGUCAAGGCAAGAAGACUAGCUAUCAAGAAGCUGCCAUUGAGCUUGGCAAAGAAUUGGUAUCAAGGAACAUAGACUUGGUAUAUGGAGGAGGAAGCAUAGGUUUAAUGGGACUUGUUUCUCAAGCUGUUCAUAGUGGAGGUCGGCAUGUAAUAGGAGUUAUUCCCAAGACGCUCAUGCCUCGAGAGAUAACUGGUGAAACUGUAGGGGAAGUGAAGGCUGUGGCAGAUAUGCAUCAAAGAAAAGCAGAGAUGGCUCGCCAUUCUGACGCCUUCAUUGCACUACCAGGUGGUUAUGGAACACUGGAAGAGUUACUAGAGGUGAUAACUUGGGCUCAACUUGGCAUUCAUGACAAACCGGUUGGAUUACUUAAUGUGGAUGGAUACUACAAUUCACUUCUAACUUUUAUUGAUCAAGCUGUGGAAGAAGAGUUCAUUAGCCCAAGUGCGCGCCAUAUAAUUGUUUCUGCUCCAACAGCUGAAGAAUUAGUCAAGAAAUUGGAGGAUUAUAUUCCGAGCCACGAAGGAGUCGCAUCGAAAAUGUGCUGGGAGGUGGAGCAGCUAGAAUACAGCCAACAAUGUGAUCUAGCAAGAUGAUACUAGUUUUGAACUUUCGAGCAUAGGGUCUAGACAAGACUGAUGGAUAGUGUAUUGGCCUGGUGGAUCGAGGGGAGGACGACGACGAGGACUAAUUUCCAUAGACUAAAGAAUCUCGUGCAGGAGAUUAUUUUUUUGUAAAUUAUCACUGCAGACAAUUUCAAAUAUCUAAGCAUCAUCUUCGAAUCUUCGAAUUACCUUGAAAUUGUAACUAUAAAAAUUUAGUCAGAAAAAAUCCCCCCUCUAAUUUUGAUGCUACUUGUACAAUUCUUCAAUUUCUUUCAAAUUAAUUACAACCUGCAUAUACGAUGGCGGAUGUUAGACCAAAAAUACAUAAAUACAUAACCAUUGUGCCACCACAUUGUAUACGCGUAUUAUUAC